AUGUUUGUCAGAAUCGCGAUUCGAAUCGUAGAAUCAUACGAUUUUACGAUUCAUGAGGGGGUCAUCGAUUCCGAUUGCAGGGGUUACAUAGCGGCGGAUACGUUCUCGGGUUGCACGGCUACUCUGAGCUUCGAUCGGGGGCAGGGCAGGACCGAUCUGAUUCUUACUGAUUAUGUUCAUCCUCGUGAUCAUGCCGUCUUCAGCUUUAGCCUUUCGUCUCAUGGCCAAGAAAUGCUUGGAGGUCAUGAGCCCCAGCUACAUCCCAAUUAUUCUUUUCCUAAGCCUUUCGUCUCUGGACAAACAACUAAUGAUAGCAAUAAGGCCCCUAAAGAUGCUGAUGUUGAUGAAGAAAACAAGAAGAAGAAGACACGUCACAUAGAGAUUGAGCGGCAGAGAAGGAAAGAAAUGAAUACCCUUUAUGCUUCGCUUCGAUCUUUGCUGCCUGCCCAGAUCCUUAAGGGAAAGAGGGCGGCAUCAGAUCAGCUGAACGUGGCCCUGGAUUACAUAAAUCAUAUCCAAAGGAACAUCAAAAAACUCGAAGCUGAGAGAGCUAGAUUGAAAAAGAAAGGUCUUGAUAAAAUGUGGUAUUUCCUCCAGCCAUCUUCCGCUAUGUGA